AUGGAAGAAACACAAACACCACCAAUUUAUUUUAAUGUUCUGAAUAUUCCAUAUAAGAGGGUGAUAUUAUUUAAAAAUAAAAGUAUUAUAGUAGCAGAAAAAGAACCAUCAACCCGAAUUGAUCAAAUGGUUUUAGAUAUUAUUGAUAUUAUCAAAGGAAAAAUAGUUAAUACAAUCAAAUCAAGUACUCGACCAGUAUCUAUUGGACAUAGUGAAAAUAUUCUUUUUAUAUUAUUUGAUAAUGGAAAAAUUAGAGUGUAUAGAACAAAUGAAUUAGAUAAUAAUAAAAAGUCAACAGUUUUAUUUCCUUCUUUUAAAGAACAAGUUAAUAUAAAAACAGUUGGGUGUUGGGGAGAAAAAGGAAUAGUUUGUAUUUCUAAAGAGAACAAAGUUACUUUUUUCAACGUUUUAUCAUCAGAAUUAUCAAGAAAAAGGAAUUCUCUUGACCCUCAACCUAGUUCGUUACAACUUGAAUUUACUUCAGAAUUACCUGUUGAAGUAAAAAGCUAUGGAGAAAUAGUUAUAGCAUAUAGUCAAAAAGAAAUGAUUUUGUUUAAAGAAAUUGGUGUUAUAAAGAAGUUUACUACAAACGAAUGUAAUGUUCAAUUUUUUAGAAAUGUUUCGAUUUAUAAUCAAAGUAUUAUUGUCUCUGAUCAAUUCAACAUAGGACUAAUUAAUGUAGAAACAUUACAAACGUCAUUUAUUUUUAAUCCAAUGGAAGAAGAGUGUUAUAACCUUGGAUUUGUUAAUUGGAACUUAGUAACUAAACAAUUAAUUUUUUUUGUAAUAACUACUAAUAUGGCUGCAAUAUUUAGUGUCGAUCAAACAAAACAAUCAGGAGAAUUAAAAUUAAUAAUUGAAUAUGGUUAUUUAUUUCCAAAUAUUGAAUUAAUACACAUUACUGAUGAUGGGUUUAUAAUUAAAAGUGAUGGUAAAUUCUACAUUUGUAAUUCAAAUCCAGAAAAGUAUAAUUCUCCUUAUUUUGAAUUAUACCAACUAAAUACUGAAACUAAAGAAUUAAUUCUUAAAAGAAAAGCGACUUCUUCUAUUGAUUUAGCUUCCCAACAACGUUCACCAAAGUUAUUAAAUCAUCUUCUUCUUAAUAGUAUAUCUCUUAGUACAAGAGAUUCACAAACCUCUCAUUAUCAAAGUUGUACUUCUCAUAUUCAACCAUCAAUUCCUCAAACACAACCAAAAACUCAACAACAAAACUCAACAUCUACUAAUUCAAAAAGUCACGUCAAUGAUUCAUUUAGUUUUGUAGAGACUCAACAUAAAAUAGAAAGUCAAAGAAUAAAAACAAAACAUCAUGAAGAUUUCUCUCAACUUCUAAAAACUAGAGUUGGGGUUCCAUUAAAUACCUUGACACAAAACCAAAUAAGAAAACAACUAAAUGAAAAGGUGUCGGCUACAGACUAUACUCCAAAACUACCACCAAAAAUGAACCAAACGUCUUCAAAAGUUGUUGACCCUUUUAAGCCACUUGUGAGUAAAAAAAUUAAGCAAGAAAUUCCAUCAACAACCUCUCAUCCAUCUACUCUUUCUACUUUUCAAUGCUCACAAAAGCCUAUAUCAACACAAUCAUUACAAGACCAAGUAAAAACACAGUCAUUACAAAAUCCUAUGUCAACACAACCAUUACAAAAUCCUAUGUCAACACAACCAUUACAAAAACAAGCAACAACACAAUCAUUACAAAAACAAAUAACAACACAACCACUACAAAAACAAAUAACAACACAACCACUACAAAAUUACUUUUCAUCAUCUGUUGGGGAAUUAAGAAAUUUUGAAUAUAACUAUGAUACUCUUGAAAGAGUUGUUGAUAUAAAAGAUUUAAGGUGUUUUGGACUUGGUAUCGGUCCUAUUACUUGGAUGAAAGGAGAAAUUAAUUCAGUAAAUCCAAGGCUAUUUGUUUGUUCUGCAAGUUCAGAAAUUAAUGAGGUAACAUUUUCAGCAACAAUGGUGCCAUCAAAAUGUUUUCAAAAAGAAACUAUGUUUCAACCACCAGUACUUUAUGAAAUGAAAAAUGGAGCAUUACUUAUUUUUCCACAAAAACAAAAUUCCUUAUUUUCAUUAAAACAAGGAUAUAUUGAAUCUUUAAUUCCAGCAAAAAACAUUAAAAUUUUUCCUCAUAAUGAAGGUUCUAUUAUUGAUAUUCCAUUAGAAGAUGAAACAAUAAUUAAAUUUAUUACAUUAAAUGAAAAAUCAGUAAUUUAUUAUGGAAAGUGUUGUACUGAAAUUCCAGUUAAAAGUUCAGAUAUCAAAUCAAUUAAAACAUAUCAAAAAUUUAUUGGAUGUUGUACAGCGGAUAGUUUAUUAAUAUUAUAUCCUAGUGGUGUAGAUAUAAUUCAUUUACCACCAAAAUUUGUUGACUUUGCAUUAACACCAUUUGGUUGUAUUAUUAUUCAAGAAAGAGGUGGGGUGUAUGUUAUUUGUUCUCAACCAAAAUUACUUUAUCAAUUAAAAUUUAAAAAUAAAGAUAAUGAAAUAGACCUACCGUUUUGUUCAUGUUUUUAUGAUGAUAAAAUACUCUUUUUAGGUGAUAAAAAUGGAAGAGUUUAUUAUUGUUUUAUUGAGACAUAUAUUUCAAUGUCGUAUUUAACAAAUUAA